UGAAGCUAAGUGGCUUGGGAGAGGUCUCCCUUCCGGAAAGCGGCAGAGCCCGUCCUAAAGCCCAUGCCUGACUGCAGUCACUGUGCAGCCCGGGCGUGUGUGCUCGGGCGCAUGCUCCUGGCCAUGCUCCUGGCGAAGCUGGUGGGAUGCUAGCCCCUCUCCGCCCAGCUCCAAGCCCAUCUCCUCUGCGGCGUGGGCUGGCUUGCCGCACAGUGCCACCCUGUCCAGCCCUGUCGGGAUCCUGAGCGAGGUCUUAAAGUUCCACCACCUUCCACUCAGAGUCUGAAUCCAGCAGUGUGGGAAAAUGGCGGUGAGCCACUCGAUGAAGGAACGGACGAUCUCCGAGAACAGCCUGAUCAUCCUGCUGCAGGGCCUGCAGGGCCAGGUGACCACUGUGGACCUGCGGGAUGAGAGCGUGGCCCACGGACGCAUAGACAACGUUGAUGCUUUCAUGAACAUCCGCCUAGCCAACGUCACCUACACGGACCGUGACGGGCGUCAGGCUGAGCUGGAUGACCUCUUUGUAACAGGCCGAAACGUCCGUUAUGUCCACAUCCCAGAUGACGUGAACAUCACCGAGACCAUUGAGCGGCAGCUGCAGAUCAUCCAUCGUGUGCGCCACUUUGGCAGCCUGGGGCAAGGCCGGCGGGAAUUUCCCACCAAAAAGCACAAAUGAGCCUGUCCCUUCGGCAAGCCCUAGUCACCACUCAGGUUCCUCCAGAGUUCUACUGAGCCAACUGCCUGCCAUCCAUCCCUGCCCAGAACCUGGGAAGGGAGCAGGGCCAGCCCAGAAACUGGUAUCUGGCAGACAACACCUAUCACAGCUGCCUUUCACAGGGUUACACCUCCCAGACUCACCCUGGGAUGCACAAUCCUGUUUAUCUGUGGCCUUGGGGUAGAUGAUAAUACCCCCUUUUGACCAUUUGCAUCUGAGUCGAUGAUUUACUGAUUCAGGGAAUCUGUCCAAUUGUUUUCAACCCUCUCCCGGUGAGGAUUAUUAAAUGUGCUCAACCUCGGCCACCCUAAGUGUCCCCAGUUUUCUUGCAGUUGUGUCUUUUUUCUCAUAAAAUUAAACUUAGACAAAAACAA